UCCGAACUUCACACCCCUGACAUUAAUAUUAUUUUACUGUUUCAGUGAAUGUCCUGUAGUUCGUGAUAAUUCCAUCCUGCUCAGAGGAGGAACAAGAGUUGGAUGCUUUAAAGAUUUAUCCUCCUCCAGACUCCUUAGAGGAGCAGAGAUAAAACGUUGGUCGGAGAACAGCGUAGAGUCCUGUGUACUGAGAUGUAAUAGUUCUGGAUUCAGGUAUGCCGGAGUAGAGUAUGGAAAUGAAUGUUUCUGUGGUGAUACCAUCCUCGACCCUGAAACUAGUUUUCCUGUUCAUCGUUCAAAUAUCACUAGUCUCCAGAUUAAGGACUCGAAUUGCAAUAUGAAAUGUCCGUCUCAAACAGCUAAUAGAUUCUGUGGAGGAUUCAAUGCGCUAGAAUUAUAUCUGUCCGGAGUAAUAUCUCCUAAACCUGAACCUCCCCCAGCUCUACAGGCUCGUCAACAGAGUUCAGUUCGAAUAGUUUUUCUUCUCACACUUUCAGGACGGAGUUUACGGCAGAUAAAAAGGUUGCUCCGUCUGAUAUAUAAACCUCAUCAUUUCUACUUUAUACAUGUAGAUGAGAACAGUCAGUGGUUAUUUAACAACUUGAUUUAUCUAGAAUCUAUGAAAAAUAUCAGAUUGACCAGGAAUAGAUUUUCACCAUUUUGGGCUAGUAACACACUCCUAUUUCUGCUCCUUGCAUGUUUUGAAGAGAUAUUAUCUCUAUCCUGGAAUUGGGAUUAUAUCAUGAAUAUAUCUGAAUCUGAUUUACCCGUUAAACCAAUACAACAGUUUGAAAACCAUCUCAGGAAAAAUAUUGGAAAGAACUUUGUUGCAUUUGAUCCUCAUAAUCAAGCAAAGUUUUUAAGAUCUCAUGGGUUACAUAAGAUAUUUUACAACUGUGACCAGCAUAUGUACCGUAUCGGAGAGAGAUCGGUUCCAACUGGACUGCGGUGGAUGGGUGGAUCAGAUUGGAUUAUACUUCACAGAGAGUUUCUUAUAUAUCUGAUCUACUCUGACUCCAGCCUAAUUAGAUCUCUAAACUCUAUUUACUUUUACUCCGUCAUGGCUCCGGAGAGCUACUUUCAUACCGUUCUAUUCAAUUCCAGAUUCUGUUCUACAAUACAAAAUGACAACUUCCGGUUUGUGCAUUGGAACAAAUCAGAAGAAUCCUGCUCCUGCUCUAGGAGUAUGGACUGGUGUGGAUGUUCUCCACUGGUUCUCCGGGUCCCGGAUAUUCCUCAUCUGAAAUCCAGGAUACAACAACACAACGUGUUCUUCGCUAGAAAAUUCGAUUCUUUUAUAGAUCAAAGUCCUGUAAACUGGAUUGCUGAGAAGCUGGAAGGAAGAUUAGUAUCAGAAACUAGUGUAGGCUGGGAUUAUUAUUGGACCAAUAUAUAUCAAAACGAGGAUACAUCGACAUUUCUGGCGGGUAGUGAGGAAAUCUACGUAUUUCUAGUAAAUACAUUUAUCCAGGACAAAUCAGAGUUCGGAGAUUUUAAACAAAUCCUAGAGAUUAACCUUGUAAUAAAAGAAAAUGAGACGAUUGGUGAUCUUCUUCUAUUCUCAACGAGUUCUGGAAAGUUCGAGAUUUUAACAAGAUUUGAUCCAGGCCUGGUUUUACUUCCUGAUGGUUUACUGAAAUCCUCUUUUAAUAGUUUAACUAUCCAGGUUGGCUCAGAAUACGACAGGAAGGAAAAAAUGCUUCGAGAUAAAUCUGGAAUAUUUUUCAGAUCUCGACUUCCAGUUCUCAUCCUUGAUCUUCAACUAAAGGAGGAGAAGUUGGUGGAUAGUAUUCAGUUGAGGAUAUUUGGUUCACAGGAUGAGAUGUUCGGAAGUAAAGAUUUGAUACCCAUAAGUUCUAGCAGACUUAUCGCUUUGCAGCUUGAUUCUUUUCUUCAAAAAAAUAUCACAGGAUUAAUGAGGUUAGAGGUUUGGGAGCAAGAAUCCUUACUGGCCACAAUCCAGUUCAUUAUAUUUGAUGAGGAAUUGAACAUACCAAGAACAGUUCUGUUAGAGAUGUUUCCAUUUCUAGAUUACUGCAGCAUAUCCUUAAACUCAUUCACAAACAAUUCUUCCCAUUCCAAGAGGUCCUUGGUAUCCUCAUCCGGCUCCGCGACCUCCUCAUUGACCUCAUCUGGCUCCACAACCUCCUCAGUGACCGCCCAAUGCUCCGAGACCUCUUGGAGCUCAAGAUCUCCGGAUCCAAAGUCCGAUUUUCCAGUUUAAAUUCAUUUUUAUUCUUUAUAAUUUAUUCAUUGGUCAUUAUUAGGUCGUCUUUAAACCCUCGUCCUUUUUAACUUAAUGCACAAAACGUUCCCCUAUUUUAAGGGGUUAACUCUGUCCAAAAAUAUUAAUCAAAACUUUUAUACAAGUCUGACAAAGAUAUCUUUUAUACAACUGGGUCUUGGUGUUUUAUAUAGAGUUCAAAUGAUUUAUAUAUAUUUUUAUUUGUGUUAUUCUGAAAGUUUGAUAAUAAAAUACCAACAGUUAGCGUUAUAAUUUUGGUAGUCACAUACAUAUAAAUCUAAAAUAUUUGUUUUUUUAUUGUAUUUUAUCAGUGAUAGCAAUAAAGAAGAAAGUUUCUAAUUUUCAUACAAAAUUGAAUGACAACUUAAAACUCAUUAAAUAUGACGAUGUAAAAAUUUCAUUUUAGUGCUGUGCUAUAAAUACAGAUCUUUUAAUGGCCAA